GGGAAGGAGUUGGCAGCCCGGAGCAGCUCGGGGCGCGGGACAGGAAGUGGAGGGUGUGAUGGCGGCGGCCCGUCCUUGCCGAUGAGACUGGGCGGCGGAGAGAGCAGAGCAGAGAGAGAGGAGAGGCGGCGCCAUGUACCGAGCCGCGGCCCCGGCUUUCUGCUGCUUGGUGUGCAAGCAUUUAGUCCAAGGCAAUACUGCUGUUAGAAUGAAGUUCCCUGCCCAGAGACUGCAUUCGCUGACCCGAAGUAUUCACCACUUGCACACGCCCUGCACUUAUCCUCACCGGCCUCACUGGAACCCCGCAGCACGGCUUUAUUCCACCCUCAGCAGGCCUCCCGCAAAGACAAGCAGACUGUUUCCCCCGAACAUCGGAUACUACCCUUACAGGAACUUUGUUAUAGCUAGAUUAGCGACCCGGCUGCUGAGAAUUCGCUACCUUGUGUUGGGAUCAGCUGUAGGUGGUGGUUAUACCGCAAAAAAGACAUACGAGCAAUGGAAGGAAAUGUUGCCAGAUCUAUCCGAGUAUAAGUGGGUAGUUCCAGAUUUUAUAUGGGAGCUGGAUGAACACGUUGACUUGGAGAAAAUUCGGAAACUCUUCAGCAGUGCAGAAUUGGCCAAGGUGCUGCCUGAUUUUGAGAAGCUUGGAGAAAGCCUGAAUCAUCUCAAAAGCCUCCUCUCUUCAGGUGAAAGUUUGUAUAGUGAAGUCAAAGGAGUCUCUGAUCUGCUUCUGUUGUUAGAAUCUACAGAAAAUGGCACUGCGAUGAAAGCGUCUGAUACCCAAGGAUUUGACAGCAAUGGCAAACCGUACAAGAAGGGUGUGCUUGGUGAGCUCAUUCUAAUCCAGCAGCAAAUUCAACAGCACGAAGAGGAAGCACGCAGAGUGACGGAGCAGUUAAACUCAGGCUCCUCUCAACAGAAGCGAAAGAUGACGGAUAAGGACAAAGCUGAACAGCUACAGGAAGAGCUGCUCCGAACACAGCUAAAGUAUCAGCGUAUCCUCGAGCGGCUGGAGAAAGAGAACAAGGAACUGCGGAAACACGUGCUUCAGAAAGACGUCAAAGGCAUUCACCAGCGCAAAAUGAAGAAAUCUUUGAUCGACUUGUAUUCAGAAGUAUUGGACAUUCUAUCAGACUACGAUUCCAACUAUAACACCCAGGACCACCUACCAAGGGUAGUUGUGGUCGGAGAUCAAAGCGCUGGGAAGACCAGCGUUCUGGAAAUGAUCGCCCAAGCACGAAUAUUCCCUCGCGGGUCUGGUGAAAUGAUGACCCGAGCACCUGUCAAAGUGACACUGAGUGAAGGACCUCACCACGUGGCCAUUUUCAAAGACAGCUCCCGAGAAUUUGACCUCACCAAGGAGGAAGAUCUAGCAGCGUUGCGGCAUGAAACUGAAAUCCGAAUGAGAAGCAGUGUAAAGGAAGGGCAGACAGUCAGUCCUGAAACAAUCUCCUUGAGCGUGAAGGGUCCAGGCUUGCAGAGAAUGGUGUUGGUUGAUCUUCCCGGUGUCAUCAGUACGGUUACAUCGGGCAUGGCCCCUGAUACCAGAGAAACCAUCUUCAGCAUAAGCAAGGCCUACAUGCAGAACCCCAACGCCAUCAUUCUUUGUAUCCAAGAUGGAUCAGUUGAUGCAGAACGUAGCAUUGUGACGGACCUGGUCAGUCAAAUGGACCCACACGGCAAGAGAACUAUCUUCGUGUUGACUAAAGUGGAUCUAGCAGAGAAAAACCUAGCUAGUAACCCCAGUCGGAUACAGCAGAUUGUCGAAGGCAAACUCUUCCCAAUGAAGGCUUUGGGCUACUUUGCUGUUGUCACUGGCCGAGGAAACGUCAAUGAAGGUAUUGAUUCCAUAAAAGAUUAUGAAGGGGAUUUCUUUCAGAAUUCAACAUUAUUGAAGACAGGAAUGCUGAAGGCUCAUCAAGUGACUACCAAGAACCUGAGUCUGGCUGUAUCUGACUGCUUCUGGAAAAUGGUCCGGGAGUCUGUGGAGCAGCAGGCAGAUGCGUUCAAAGCUACUCGCUUCAACCUCGAGACAGAAUGGAAAAACAACUAUCCACGGCUAAGGGAACUGGACAGGAACGAGCUAUAUGAAAAGGCUAAAAAUGAGAUCCUGGACGAAGUGAUCAGCUUAAGCCAGGUUACACCAAAGCACUGGGAAGAGAUUCUUCAGCGGAAGCUGUGGGAGCGAGUCUCAACUCACGUGAUUGAGAACAUUUACCUUCCUGCAGCUCAGACCGUGAACGCUGGCACCUUCAACACCACUGUGGACAUCAAGCUCAAGCAAUGGACUGACAAGCAGCUGCCCCACAAAGCCCUGGAGGUUGCCUGGGAGGCCCUAGAGGAUGAGUUUGCUCGCUUCAUGUCCGAGCACAAAGGGAAAGACCACGACGACAUAUUCGACAAACUAAAACAUGCUGUCAAAGACGAAAGCAUCAAACGGCACAAAUGGAAUGAGCGGGCUCAAGAUAGUCUGCGAGUCAUCCAGCACAAUGCUUUAGAAGAUCGUUCAAUAUCGGACAAACAGCAGUGGGACGCAGCUAUCCAAUUCAUGGAGGACACUCUGCAAUCGCGCCUCAGAGACACCGAUUCUGUAAUCCGAGAUAUGGUGGGUCCAGAUUGGCAAGAAAGAUGGUUCUACUGGAAAUCAAAGGCCCCAGAGCAGCAUGUUCGAAAUGAAACCAAAAAUGAACUGGAGCGUUUGUUGAAGAUCAAUGAGGAGCACACGGCUUACCUGGCUAACGAUGAAGUUACAACAGUCCGUAAGAACCUGGAGGCUAAGAGUGUAGCCGUGGACCCUAUUCUGAUUAAAGAUACUUGGCACCAGAUUUUCCGCAAGCAUUUCUUGAAGAAAGCACUGAACCAUUGCAAUCUUUGCAGAAGAGGUUUCUAUUACUAUCAGAGGCACUUUGUAGACUCAGAGGUAUGUUCACAGAAGCUGGAAUGCAAUGAUGUUGUUCUGUUCUGGCGCAUUCAACGAAUGCUAGGCAUCACAGCAAACACACUCAGGCAGCAACUAACAAACACUGAAGUGCGGCGCCUUGAGAAGAACGUGAAAGAAGUGUUGGAGGAUUUUGCUGAGAACAAUAAGAAAAAAGCUGAGCUAUUGACGGGGAGGAGAGUUCAGCUCGCGGAGGACCUCAAAAGGGUUCGUGAGAUUCAAGAGAAAUUAGAAGCAUUCAUCGAAGCUCUUCAUCAAGAGAAAUAACAGCGUUGCAAUCACUCCCUGGACCUAUCCCACCAUGAUUCUCAUCACGUCACCAGGAUUAAGCUUUGAAUUGGUAUAAUCCUAAUGUUUUUCUCUUCAGUGCCCAUUAAUUUGCCUCGCUGGCCUUGACCAGAGCCCUGUGCUCCGAAUAGCCGUUACAGGAACAGGAACGUCUUGUCUGAGACACUGCAGAGAAGUUUCCGAAAUCUCCGUCUUACUGAAGGCAUCACUGUAAAGUGCGCACAUUCAAUUUGGGAGACCGCUUCGAUCCUUAGAGUGCUUACCUUUCAACUGAGAAUUUCAUGGACAAUAUUUCCUAGUUUCUUCUUUUUUUAAAAUCAUCUUGACCACUUCAGCACAGAAGCUUUGGCUAAAUCACGUUUUCUAUUAAACAUUUGACCUUGUUUUCGAAGCACAUUAAAAAUGGCUGAUUGUCUCAGAUGUGCAGCACCGCUAUGUGUCAGUGAACAUGGAUGGAGCUGUAUGUUUUUUUUUCUUGACAAAUGCACCAUAUCUGUAUUGUCUUCAGUACAAGUAUCUUAACUCUUUUGCCUCUUGUCCAGCUCAGCACAAAAUAAAAGUCUGCUGUCUGAACAACUGCAUUCACCCAAAGUUAGUUACAUGUGCUUCCCUGUGUCACCCGCUUCAACCAUACAGUCGACCGUGCACUUAAUUGUAAAGAUCAUAUCUCUUUUCCGAAACCCACUGGAAUGGGGAAGAAAAUUUAAUAUAAGAUUAAAAGUCAUUGUAAGAGUAAAUCUUUGCCUGGAAUCCAACAAAUCAGAGUCCUAUCCAGUGUGCUUUCCAUUUGGCUCCUUUGAUGUUGGUUUUGUGUUCAGUGUUUGCUGCAGAAUCCUCGAGACUUUGUGCAAACACUCCCAUAUAAACGGCAGUGGAUAAAAUUUAUGGUGGUUCGUGAACUUUCCUUUUAAUCUUUGCCAGCGUCCCAGGCGGUUGCAUGAUGUGAUUAGUGAAGGCUCGUGUAUUUAUUGGAUGCAGUUGUAUUUAAAUCAGAUUGAAUAAAAUUUUGGAAACAAACAAAAAA